GAUUUGCAAAUAAUUAAACAUAUCAACGUGUUUAGUUAUUUAUAUUUGCAUGUAUUUAUAUCUGAAAAAUAAAUUUUAAAAAGCUUGCAGCCUGAAUACAUCCUAUAAUAAAAAGAAGCCUUUCCAUCGAGCCAACACCAAUAUAUACAAUGUACAGCAAUAUUGACCCGAAUACCUUUUCCCUACGUCCAUACCACCAGCAUAAAUUCCGCCCUAAUGAGCUGAAACCCAUCGUUCACAACAUAUUAGAAACGCGCCUGGAGGAGCAAGAGUACAAGGCUGACGAAAUCCAGAGCGUUAGUAAGGAAAUUGCGGAUAUGGUUCGCGAAAAGAUUAGGUCUAUGGAGCUCGAUCGCUACAAGAUUCUCGUUCAUUGUAUGAUUGGUGAGCAGCGAGGCCAAGGCCUUCGUGCGGGGUGCAAGAUGUUUUGGGAUUCGGAUACCGACGAUUACUUCGAGGAGGUCUUCAUGAACAAGCAUAUCUUUGCAGUAGUAACUGUAUUUGGCCUUUAUCAAUACUAAAUAUUGGACUAAGGAAGACUUUUUUAGUGGGAUUCAAUUAAAAAAGCAUAAACGCACUACGGCAUCUUCCUUUGUCAGACAAUGAAACUCAUAUCGAGGCUUUAUUAUGUAUUAUUUGUUUAGCAUCGUUUUAUUUCAUCAAA